AUGGCUAUAUCACCAAGACUUAAGUUCCUAGUGGACUUAGUCACUUUCCUAACUAUAUCACUUAAUUUUUUUAUUUAUUUUUAUCCAGAUAUAUUAAAUCAAAAAGGUCAAUGUAAUUGGCAUGAACCAAAUCAAUUAAAACCAAAAUAUCCAAUACUAAAUCAUAUACCAGAUCAAUAUCUACAACCAUUACUUUUAAAUAUACCAGAUCUACGAGACCAAGAAGAACAAAAUGAAGAUAUUCAUAUGUUACUAUUUGGAGAUCCUCAAAUAAAUGGUAAUUGGCAAAAUACAAAAUAUAUUAAAAAAUUAGAUAAUUAUGGUAAUGAUUAUUAUUUAGGUCAUAUAUAUAACGUUAUGUCCAAAAGAUUAAAACCAUCUCAUGUUACAGUAAUGGGUGAUUUAUUUUCAAGUCAAUGGAUUUUGGAUAGUGAAUUUUAUAAUAGAACUUAUAGAUAUGUUGAAAGAUUAUUUACUCAAGAUUUAGAAUAUAAAAAACAUGUUUUAGAAACUCAUUCAAAUCAUAAAGAUUAUGAUUGGAAACAAUGGUUGGAGAAUGAAAUGGCUAUGGAUCCAAUUGCAAGAUUUGAAUCAAGAGUUUACAAUGAUGUUUAUGAUUGGGUUUAUCAAAAUAGAUCAAUUCCAAACUACAAGAAUCCUUUAUUUAUUAAUUUAACUGGUAAUCAUGAUAUUGGAUAUAGUGGAGAUGCAACAUGGCAACAUAUGGCAAGAUUUCAUUAUUUAUUUGGUCAAAAUAAUUUUGUUAUAAAUUAUAACAAAAACUCCUCUAGUGAAUGGAGAAUAGUUGUUUUAGAUUCUUUAACAUUAGAAGGACCCGCAUUACAACCUGAAUUUUUAAAUUUUACUUGGUCAUUUUUAGAACAACUAGAACAAAAGGAAAAUCCAAAUUUCAAAGGUUCAACGAUUUUGUUAACUCAUAUUCCAAUGUUUAAAAAAAUUGGAUUAUGUAAAGAUGGACCUGAACAUAAAUAUUAUGAGAAUUAUACAAGAGAACCUUAUAAAAAUGGUUUAUUAAGAUCUCAAAAUCAUUUAUCUUAUGAAACUACUCAAAAAGUAAUGAAUAUUGUAUUUCCUAACCAAAAUCAAAGUGGAAUAAUAUUAACUGGUCAUGAUCAUGAAGGUUGUGAUGAUUGGUAUAAUUUUAUAGAUGAUGAAUGGAUUGCAUCAAAACAAAAAAAUUCCUCCGAACGUGAAUCAGUAAGAGAAGUAGUUGUUAGAUCAAUGAUGGGAGAUUUUAAUGGACAAACUGGUAUAUUAACUGGAAAAUUUCACCAAAAUAAAUGGAAGUUUAAUUUUAGUUAUUGUUCAUUUACUGUUCAACAUUGGUGGUGGGCAAGUAAAAUUAGUUUAUUUAUAACUUUAUUUUUACAAUCUUUAAUUAAAUUACCUUCAUUAUUUGGAUACUAA